AUGCGACCUGCUUACCCCCCCCGAGAAGUGCGCCUGUCCCCCUGUCUCGUCAUUACCCUCAUCCUGCUCCUUAUCGUCCAGCCUUCACAUCAAAUUGGGUUAAAAAAGGACGACCGUUUUAUGCUCGGGAGUGGAAACCACCAAAGUAGGUUCUCCUUUGUUAAGAGAAAAAAUUCUUCCAACUCGAUUUUUUUCCCCCUAGGAAGGAAAAAGAACAAAUUCACUUCCAUUAGUACUGACCUUUUUAAAAAUCAGUCCUCCAAUGGGAAGGGAAAAGACGAAUGGAAGAGUCACGUGGUCAAUAAUGUGGACGCCAGCCAAAAGGGUGAGCCCCAAGGGGGGUGUAAAAUUCUCAAGGGGGAGAAGCAACAAUCAUCGGUAGGAAUCGUUGCUGAUGGAAAAACUGACGAUAGUGAUAAAAUUCGUGGUGGUAAUGCACCCAUUGGGGAAACAAACCAAAUACACCCCUCGGAGGAGCAGACGCAUAUCCUGCAGAAUAACCUGAUUGGAGGACUCAUCAGCAAAUUUUGGCCAUUUGGGGAAAAGAAGGACCACGCAAGGAGGCAGGAAGAAGGGGCGACCACAGGUAGUGAAUAUGGUGGAAGAGGAGGAGAAGGAGACCCGCCUGACCCGGACAAGAACCCUUGGUCGUCAAACCAGUCAAGUGACAACCAACCCAAGGAACCUUCCUCAGGGGAGCGAUCCCCAAGACAGAUGCAUCGACCCAGCAGAGGCACGGACCAUGAUAAGGAAACCAACUUCCUCCUAAAAGCACUAGAAACGGGAAAGUUCCCCUCCUACUGUCUCGUCGAUAAUAUUGACGAGAAUAUAGAUAACUGCGAAAUAUAUAUGAGUAAAGAAAAAAUGGAGGAGCUCAAUCUGAGUGAGGGGUUCACCGUUCUGUUAAAGGGAAAGAAGAAAAAGGAGAUGCUAGCCGUUACUAAGCUGGACAAAAGGUUAAAGAAACAUUUCGUGGUAAUUUCCUUCGCGAUGAAGAAGAACCUUAGACUCAUGCACAACGAUAUUAUAAAGAUAUACCCAUUGGUGAAGGUAAGUCCUUUACGAACAGUUGUGGUUAGCCCGUUUAGUGACACCGUCGGGGGGUUAAGUAGAAGGGAAUUGGAGGAGGAGGUUCUGAAGCCCUACCUAAAAGGAAGCUUCAAACCUCUCUGUGAAGGUACAAAUUUGUAUAUCUCCCACAAAGGAAAGAAGAUCGAGUUUAGGGUUGUGAAGUUGAUGAGGGAAGGGGAGGAAGAAAAAGCUGCUAAGACGGAGGAAAAGUCGGGGGAAGGACGAGUAGACGUCCCAACAUCUGAGCAGUACGGUUAUGCAGGUGACAAUGCGAUUAUCACGCUGGAUGAAGAGUACCUAAACAGGGAGGAUUAUGAAGAACACACGGAUGACAUCACCUACGAGGACCUAGGCGGAAUGAAGAAGCAACUGAACAAAAUUAGGGAACUUAUUGAGUUGCCAUUGAAGUACCCUGAAAUAUUUAUCAGCAUAGGGAUAUCUGCUCCCAAAGGGGUACUCAUGCAUGGAAUCCCCGGCACAGGAAAGACCUCCAUCGCCAAAGCAAUUGCUAAUGAGAGCAAUGCCUACUGCUACAUAAUCAAUGGACCAGAAAUUAUGUCCAAGCAUAUAGGAGAAUCUGAACAGAAGUUACGAAAAAUUUUUAAAAAAGCCAGCGAAAAAACACCAUGCAUUAUCUUCAUCGAUGAGAUUGACUCUAUUGCAAAUAAGAGGAGCAAAAGUACCAACGAGUUGGAGAAGAGAGUCGUCUCACAAUUGUUGACCCUCAUGGAUGGGUUAAAAAAAAACAAUAACGUGUUGGUUCUUGCUGCUACGAAUAGACCCAAUUCCAUCGACCCUGCGUUGAGACGUUUUGGUCGCUUUGACAGGGAAAUAGAAAUUCCCGUUCCAGACGAACAGGGGAGGUACGAGAUUCUGCUGACCAAAACGAAGAAGAUGAAACUCGAUGCAGAUGUAAAUUUGAGGAAGAUUGCCAAGGAGUGUCAUGGCUAUGUGGGGGCAGACCUCGCGCAGCUCUGUUUUGAAGCCGCCAUUCAGUGUAUCAAGGAGCACGUGCACUUUUUGGACCUGGACGAGGAGGACUUCAUCGAAUUUAUGAAAAUAAGCGUGGAUGAGCGGCCUGGUAGUGAUGGUAACAAUUUGGGGGAAAAUAAUCUAUUACCUAAUGGAGAGGAGAAGAAGAAAAGGGGGUUCUUCUUCCAAAGGGGAGAAUCCAAAUCGGCUGCCACGUCGAUCAAGUCCAGUCCCUCCAGCAAAGAAGAACGACAGAGCAACAAAGGUGCGGAACGACUGGACAGCAAGGCGAAGAAAAUCCCGCCCUACAUUCUGAACAAACUAACAAUCAAGGCGAAGCAUUUUCAGCACGCACUGAAUAUAUGCAACCCGAGUUCGCUCAGAGAGAGACAAGUCCAAAUACCUACCGUAACAUGGGAGGACAUUGGAGGAAUGCAGGAAGUGAAGGAACAACUGAAGGAAACCAUUCUGUACCCUCUGGAAUAUAAACACCUGUACGCUAAAUUUAACUCCAAUUAUAAUAAGGGUAUAUUGCUUUAUGGCCCCCCUGGUUGUGGAAAGACUUUACUAGCCAAAGCGAUCGCUAAUGAAUGCAAUGCCAACUUCAUAUCCGUGAAAGGACCAGAAUUGCUAACCAUGUGGUUUGGUGAGUCGGAAGCCAAUGUUAGGGACCUGUUUGAUAAAGCGCGUGCAGCGUCUCCCUGCAUUAUUUUCUUCGACGAGAUUGAUUCGUUGGCAAAGGAACGAAACAGUAACAAUAACAACGACGCCAGCGAUCGGGUCAUCAAUCAGAUCCUCACCGAAAUAGAUGGAAUAAAUGAGAAGAAAACUAUUUUCAUCAUUGCUGCAACGAAUAGGCCAGAUAUUCUCGACAAAGCUCUCACCAGACCAGGACGGUUAGACAAACUCAUAUACAUCUCUCUCCCCGACUAUAAAAGCAGGUUUAGUAUUUUUAAAGCCAUUUUGAAAAACACACCCCUUAGUGAGGAUGUAGAUCUUCAUGACAUGGCCAAACGGACAGAGGGCUUCUCCGGGGCGGAUAUUACCAACCUGUGUCAGAGUGCCGUCAACGAAGCGAUUAAGGAAACCAUCCACUUGCUUAACCAACGGAAGGCGGAGAAGGGAGGUGCACGGACGCAGGGUGCCGAUGACCACUACGACCCGGUGCCCACCUUAGAGAAGAAGCACUUUGACUUGGCUUUCAAAAACGCCCGCAUUUCCAUUCGGCCAGAGGACGUCCUCAAGUACGAGCGCUUCAAGGAGAAGCUCUCCCUGCAGAACUUCGAAUGA